AUGUCAGAGACGCACCAGGACAAUGCCAGCCAGGACGGAGGGGGCUCGCUAGAGAAGUCGACGGACAGGUCAGUGGUGCGGAUGAAGACGUCGAUUAGCCGCGCUCCCUCUAUGACUUCGGCGAGUUCUGUGGACGUGCAGGCGACGGGUUGCAACCCGUUGUACUUUAUCUUCCACCCGGGGCAGGUGCCUCGGGAGGUCUUUCGGUCGGUGGCUGCGAACCGUUGGAUUGAAUGUCGCAAGGCGAUCCAGUUGUUCCCAUUGAGAUUCCGGGACGCGAAGGAGGAGGUGGAGUAUAAGUCGUUGCUGAAUGAGGACCACAGCGUGAUGCCACAUUUAGCGGCGGGGAACACGUUGUUUAUCUUGUUCGUGUUGAUUGUGACGGCGAUAGGAUUCGAUUACCCGCGCCACGCAUGGUUUAUCGCCCACAAGAUGGGGGCGACUCUGUACCUAGGUUUUGUGGCGAUGCUGAUUUCUAUCUUGGGCAACGUAUAUUUGUAUUUCCAGAUUCAGCUGGAGGUGCAGAUUAAGUGGAUCCGGACUCAUCGGGAGUUGAACUAUUACAUUGUCAAUAUAAUUUCAAUCGUAGCGUUGCAGAUGUGGGGUUUGGCUCUGACGAUACACGCCAAUGAAAUUGAGCCUUUGGAUUUCAACAACCCUCUCGGCAACCAGGAUGUGUUGCACGUGAAAAUGUGGGUGGAUGGGCUUGCCAACGCGACCAUGUUGCUACCAAUAGUGCAGUGUGACAUGUUUCUGAACACACUAUCGCGCUGGUCUAUUUACUUCCACUUAUUCGUGUUAUGCUCUUACCUUGCUAAUCGGAUGGGCACGCUCGGCUCCCUCAGUGCACGCGCGUUGGUGGCAGGAAACAUUUUGGAUCUGGUGGCCUUCACAGUCCUGUAUUUAUUUGGCUGGGCCGCGCGUUGGUAUCGUGAACUGCAGCAUCGAGCCUCAGUUGUGAACGUGAAACAAUCGCAGCAGAGUCUCCAACGUGUGCUACAACACAAGAGUAAGAAACGUAGGACGCAGUCCGCUGCUGAAGAGUUGAUUGGAAUCUUCACCACCUGCCAACAGAUACUUGAGGACCGAGGUCGCACAGAACGGGAGGCUAUUAAACUGCUUCAAGAUUGCCAGAAACAACUCAGCCAGGACCAACAAGCCGAAGAAACGGGCGGCGUUGUCGGAACAGACGAAGCUGCAGACCCCAUGAAACUUGCCGAAGACGUCGAUGAAGACAUGCAGGAAAACGCAUUCAUGAACAUGUACAGAGUAGCCAAACGCCGACAGGGAGCAGAUACUGCCAAGGCCGCCGCGGAACGUAGGACAGGAGCACGCAAAACUUCGGCCGUCCGCUUCGGUACCACCACUUCCGAACGGGCGUACCACGCAGAAGAAGCGCCCUCCCGUGUCGGCGAAAUCGCCACUGUCACCAUCGGAGGCGUUACGCUUCCUUCUCUGACAAUCCAAGAGGAGUUGAAAUCAGUGGUGGGUGCGGACACGCAGUGGUCGGUUAUUCAGUGUUCGAACACGUGUGUGAGUCCUUUUAUGGAAGUGGCUUGGUCGUUGACGGAGUCAUUAUUGCCGUUUUUCGACGUGAAGCCGGAGGUGUUGUUGGGUACGUUAUAUAUCAUAUCGAAGUUGUAUUGGGCGCAAAAUCCCUACCAUAGUCCAGAGCAUGCUGCACAGGUGGCUCAUUCGGCGAGUGCCUUUGUGCAUACUAUGGAUGUGAAGAAGUUCUUGACGGAAUUGGAUCUGGCUGCGUUGAUUCUGGGUGCAUUAGGUCAUGAUGUUGGUCAUCCUGGACGUACGAAUAAUUACUACGUGCAAGCGAACAGUAUGAUAGCAUUGGCGAGUAAUGAUACGAGUACAUUGGAGAGCACACACAACUUUUUGCUACAGCGCAUUAUUGGACAUUUGCCGGAAGUGCAUUUGUUCGUUAACCUGACGGCGGAUGAGAACCGGAGCAUACGUAAGAUGAUGCAGCAACUGAUUUUGAUUACGGAUAUGGGCAAGCAUUUCGACUUUAUCAGUCGGUUGCGGUUGCGACGCUCGAACCCUGACUUUGACAUGAUGCUGAACGAGUCAGAUAAACUACUCGCGAUGCAACUGGCCGUUAAAGCUGGCGAUAUCAGUCACGUGGGAAUGGGCUGGGAUAAUCAUGAGGCCUGGACCACACGACUCGUCUAUGAAAACAUGCAGCAGGGAGACGAUGAAGCGAAAAGAAAUAUGAUGAUUUCACCCCUGUGUGACCGUGAAAGCACUGACAACUUCUCCGCCACACAGGCCGGCUUUGUCAACUUCAUCGCCCUACCUCUCUUCCAAGAACUCGCAGAAAUCGACCCCACCGGAAACAUUGCCUCCGUAGUACUUGCCAACGUACAAACCAACAAAGCACGCUGGGAUACACGAGGCAGACCCAGCUUCGAUAAGGACCCCAAGAAGAAAAUCGCACCCCCAGUAUUCCCCAUGGCCUGCAUCAAAGUUCUACUCACAGCCACUACCUUCAAGGCACUCGCCAUGGAAGAGGAAGAAACGGCAGAAACUGCAGCGCAGCCGGCGACAAAACUGACAACCGUGGAACCCGAAACUGCGAAGGCGGAAACGGCGGCAGAGCCUGCCGAAGAAGAGCAAGCCGAAGAAGAAUGA